UUCAACAUGGCUGCCGUUAAGAUUCGUUAUGGGCGUUUAUUCUGCAUUUUUCGCCUUUGUUACAAACCUGAAUGCUUUAUCCCACAAGGAAUAACUGUACGAGGCUUAUGUAGUACCGUUAUAUCUAAGUUAUUUUACAAAACGCCUCUACUUUCCGGCAAAAAACGGAAUGGGAUAAGAACGACGCAUGAUGGUUUUUUAAAACCAAGGUCGUUUGGUCAAGUCGAUCUCAGAACAAGAUCACGAUCAAAGGACGUACACUCAAGUAGAGGUGAAGAAGACUCAGAAUAUGAUUCGGAGAGUGAGGAUGAAAACAUUUUGGUCGGCGAAAGUAACAAACGUAAACAAAAAUCCGAUCAGGCCGCGAAGUUCAGGAAAUCUAAGCUCAGACAAAAGUCUGCCAAAACGAUGACUUUACGUCCCUCGAAAUAUCUGUUUAGAGAUCGUAAAGAUUGGAAUGAAGAGAAGCAGUGGGAGCGAAGAGAAAUUCCUGAAGACCUCAAAAGCAAAGCAAGUUGGUAUUCCAGGCAAAUGGCCAAGCUAGCUAAUGAAGGCGAGGUGAGAAUGAGAACACCGUAUGGAGUCUUUGUGGCCAAAAUCUAUAAAGUUAUCUCACUAAGGUUAAGUCACCUGAAAUUAUUCUCGAAGAUUGUGUCCUGUACAGCUAUUUAGUCACUGCCUUUCCUCACUUAUUCCUCUUUUGAUGUUGUAAGAAUGAUGAAUAUUCAUUAUUUUAAGUGCAUUCAAUUGUAGAAAUUCAUUAACAACUCGGUGGUUUGUGUGAGUUGUCUUCUACGUAACUUCGCCAGUUUAAUACCCUAGCCUCCCUGGGUCAUAUAAGGUUAUAUGUAAUCAAACUUCCACUUAUCUGAAUCAGAAAUCAGUGAUUUGAUUGGGUACUUGUGCCUCCAAAUAAAGUAUUCUUCAGAUUUUCAUUGAUUGGACAUUUUAAUGAUAAAAGCAUUGUUUACCAAGCAAGAAAAUUACAUGUAAACAAAUCUAUGGAAAAUAUGGGUGAUUACUCAGCAUUUUUGUUGCAAACAGAUUGAAAAAGUCCUGGAACUCUUUUCAUCUUUCAAAGAAGAAAAAAUUCCUUUGACGGUGGAAAUUUUUAACAUCAUCAUUUCUGCAUAUGCCAGAGGUGGAAGGAUCAGAAAAGCAUUUAAAUUCUACAAUGAUGUAAGUGUUCAUAUAUGUUGUAGUUAAUUUUUUAUUUCAGGUAAUUUUUGUUUUUCUUUUGUUUCAACUUCAUUACCAUACGUGCAAUUUACCAUACCCCAAAACAAAAGAAAAACAAAAAAUUACCUGAGAUAAAAAUUAACUACAACAUAAUUAUACAUGCUUAAAAAUGUUUGCCCCGUACCAGUGUUUACAAUAAUGUAACCAGAAUGUCCGAAUAGUCCUGAGGCAACAGUUUGUAAAACCAAACAUUCAUUUAAACUGACUUUAGAGUUAUAUAAUUACUAUAAUUCUUAAAACAUUGUUUAAUUCAGUGAACUCCCCAAAAUUCUUAACACAGAGGACUUACUUUUUCUGGGAAGGAAUACCUAAUAGAAGAGGUCAUGACUGGAAUUUAAAGAUUUUGCACUGCAUUGUUUGAAACUAUGCAUUAUUUAUGUGUUAUAUGUACGUGUAGCUAUAUAUACAUUUCAAGUAAGACCUCACAGCUAUGCAACUAGAGUGCAAGGUCAUGUAGGUAGCUGUACAGUACAUGUAAAUCCAUUUUUGUAAUUCAGUCAUGAAUUCUUGGUUGUUACAGUGUACAGGUAAAGUUGUCAGUGCCAGAGAGUGAUCUAAAACUUUACAAAAGUUAACUUUUGAUUUUAAGACUAUUGUUCCAUGGCUCAGUUUUGGUAAAUGGUUUAUUGAAUUACCCAUAUUGCUAGGCAUUCUCAUUGUGCAGGCUCUGUGUCAACAUUACUAUCAAAUGUAUAAUUUCUUUCAGAUAUGGCUUUCGUCUACCUCAAAAUAGUUCUGUUUGCUGUUUUGUACAGGUUAAAAAGAGGGGACUAAAACCAACUCCACGCACAUACACCAGCCUGUUCAAUGCUUGUUCAAAGUCUGCAGCUCCCAGUCAAAGUAGCUUAGAGCAUGUUGAAAAACUCCUGGCUGAAAUCAACACAAGAGUCAGUGAAAAGGAUUUUGAAAUAAAUGCCAUCACUUACAAUGCUGCUAUCCAAGCUGUAACUGUGUGUGGGGAUCCUCUUAGAGCAUUUGAAAUCUAUGAUGAAAUGAAAUACAACAACAUUAAGCCAGAUGGACACACCUUUUCAUCCUUACUAACAGCAUGUUCACUUGACAAUAUCAAUGGUCCCAGUACAGCACUAAACUUGAUUGAAGAAAUGAAGGCUCUCAAAAUAAAGCCAGAUAUCUACAUUUUUAACUGUGUAUUGAAAGUAAUGAGGGAUUUCAAAGUUUUUAAUCAGUAUCAGAGUGCAGAGGCUACUCCACCUCGACAGAGUGUUGGAAACACAGAAAUGCCUAAAGUUCAGUGUAAAGGUGCUCAAGGAAAUCCAAACUAUAUGAGAAAUAAAGAAGUAUCAGGAGAUGAGGAUACUAACCAAGGUGCUUCUUACAAUCAACAAGGAAAUAACAUUUCUAAUGUAAAACAAGUUGUUGACGAUCUCAACUUACACAAUCACUUCCCUGGAGUGGAACAGUUCAUUCAGAUGAUGGCUGUUGAGGAUGUUUAUCCUGAUGUUCGAAGUUUUCAACUGCUACUUUACUUGACAACAUCCAAAGCAGAAGAGGAAUACUUGUUGGAACUCAUGAAGAGCUGUAAUGUUUCUCCCGAUGUUACAUUUUUUAAUACUUUGGUGAAGAGAAGCGUGUCAGAGGGCAAUUUACAGAAAGCAAAGGUACAUUAAGUGUACAUAUGAAUUGAUGGAAAAUGUUCUCUAAACUAUGAAUGAUCUUGAUUAAAGCUACUCCCCCACAGCCUAUCAUUACACAGCACUCCCCCUUCCCCACAAACAGACAUUUGUGGGGUGGAACACUGCAUGACUACACAAAAAACACCUCAAUCAAAGGAGACCCUAAUGACAUAAAAAAAAAAGUCUCAGGUAUCUUGCUUGGCUUUGUAUCCUUUCCUUGCUUUUAAAUUUUGUUUUCUGUUGUGCCUUCAUCAGCCAGCUAGUUUUAAAGGAUGCCUUUUUUAACUCAGGUGAAACUGGCCACUGUUUCCCCUCCGUCUCUGCAUAAUCCCAGCUGAUUUUGGAAGUACAUAAUUUGUAGGUAUUAAAUUUACAUUGGAAAAAGAGAAAUCAAACACCAGAAACCUCAAAAAAAAUUCACAUCCCUUGGAUUUCUAGAUCAGAAGUGCUCAGCUACAUUGUACAGGAGGUGCUUUGGUGUGCAGGUGCAGGAUCAAAUUUAAAUUUAAUAACACCUAGCCUGUUCCAGGCUCCGAGAUAGUUGUGAAAAUUCGUUCAGUCAAAAAAAAAGCGAAAAACAUGUGGGGGCUGGGGAGAGACCACCGCCCCCUUCCCAAGUCGCGCGAGUCUUAUUUUUGCUUUGCUCAUUUUAUACGCCCGCACUAUACUUUCUGAGAGCGUGGCACAGGCUAAUUACACGCUGGAGUGAGUGCAAAAUCUCACUUGACUUCUGGCUGACAAAGUUUGGUAAGAUGGCUCUCUCUCCCUACUGUUAGUAGGUUCUCUGCAGGGUUGCUUUAUCAUAUGGUUCUGUCAUUUUUCUUUUCUUUAGGAGCACAUGAAAAGACUUGAGGAAACAUUGAAUGUUUCACCAUCAGAAAAAUCCUAUCAGACGCUUGCACGUGGCUGCACAAACCAAGAACAACGAAUUGCUUUACUGGACGAAAUCCAGGUAUGAAAUCAUGGUGGUUCAUUUAUGUUCCUUCAGAAUUUUAUGGCAUUUAUAUUUUAAGAAUUCAGACAUACAAGGACUGGUGUCUGGUCAUUUGGUCAUUACCAACAUAACAAGAAAUACAGUUGCUUCGUCUAGAAGGUGAAUCUUGUAACUGCAUACUGUAAUACAAUAAAGGUUGCUGUAACAAAAGCUGUAGUCGCACUACAGACUUUUUACCUAGGUAAACACGACUUGUUGACAGUUUACCUUGGGAAACUUGAUUUUUUAAGUGUGACCGAUUUUUCCCCAGGUAACUUACCUUGGGAAAAUUUUAUCAUCUGGGUCUUGGAUAUGUCUCGAAAACAAUAGAUUUUGCCUUGACAGCUACCCCAAAGAAAUAGCUAGGGAAAAAUGAAAUUCCGAGGUUGCUAGCCAAUAGACGCUCAUCGGUGAAGGUCUUGAUGACAGAACCGGACAUACAUCACGCUGUGAAAGAAAUUUUGGGAGCACCAGUCGUCUACGUCUUCGCCUUUCUUCACCUUGCACAUUGAAUUAGCGUAAGAAAUAACAGGGAGAUAAAAGAAAAAAACCUCUCUUUGACCAGCUAGAUCCCCGCGCAUUUUGCCUUCUUGAAUUUACGCUCCAAAAAAUUCAACUGGUGUGAAAACUUUGGGAGCUGAUAUCAGUAUUGUGACCUUCCCAGAAUUUUUACCUGAGAUGAAGUUACCUAGGCAGAUUUUUUAUGAAUUUCCCCUAGGUAAAUCGGUUUUACCUAGGUAAAAGUCUGUAGUGUGACCAUAGCUAAUAAUGGUCAUUAGCAAUAGGCUCUUUGCAUGACUCGAUCACGUGAUCAACUUUCGGUUAACACCAAAACAGUUCAAUUUUAUUAGUACAAGCUGAAAGAGCAUAUUAAAAUUGGGUAACGUGAGAAUUUUCAGCCGUAUAUCUCAAAAGUAGCGAUUGCAACGACCGCCAAAAAUUGCAAGCAUGUGUAUGAGAAAAACAACUUUUGCCAUCCAGCCAUGCUUGCAUGGUUUUCCAUUAUUACUGAUACAAAUCCUUGUAAUUUCGAAAUUUUCAAAACUAUCAUGAAAUGGGGCUCAUGUCUCCUGUUUAUUCGUAACAGGCAAAUUUGAUCCCUUAAGUGCGUGAGGGAAGGUUAAAUGACAGUUUAAAAAUUUUAGAAUUUACAAGCAUCUGUCUGGAAAACCAUGCAAGUGUGACUGGGUGGCAAAAUUUGUUUUCCUCAUACAUUGUAUAAAUGCUUCUAACUUUUGUUGGCCAUUGCAAUCGCUACUUUUGAGAUAUACGACUGAAUGGCUGAAAAUUCUCAGGUCACCUAAUUUUAAUAUGCUCUUUCAGCUUGUGCUAAAAAAAUUUUUCAAAAGUGAACUGUUUUCAUAUUUACUGAAAGUUGAUCACGUGAUCAAGUCACGCAAAGAGCCUAUUGGUCAUUGGGUAUUUAGGCAUAUGGAACUAACAUACUGCAAUGAUUUACUUUAGUGACCACCAAACAAUAGCUUUCGAGUGUGCAAUUCCCAAUCUCCAAAGUAACCGUUUUUGGGUUUAUGGAUGCGUGCACACACAGAUGUGAAGUUGGCCUACAUGUACCAACUGAGCAAAAGUGUCCAAGGCUCGGUUUGGCCAUUAAGGAACUAUAGAGGUGUUUUGACUGCAGAUUCAAUCAGAAAUGUACAUACAGUUUAAUUUUCUUACACCCACCAGCAUUAUGUUCUCAUUGUUUCAAACUCAAUAGCAAACUAGGGCAUGCAUACUACAGUUUGUGUCCACAAUGUAAAGUUGACCUUUGUGCUGUAUUAGUAGAUGAAUUGGAAACAAACUUAUUGGUCAGUUUAAUGCUUGUGUGUUCAUGUACUUUUGCAGUCUGAAGGAAUCACCCCAGCCCAGUCAGUGUAUGGGACGUUGAUUGCAGGAGCAGCUAAACAGAGACAAUUUACUUCCCUUAUUCAACUUGUUAAGGUUUGAUUCAGUGUAAUAUAUUGUAAACCGAAGUCUAUGUUCAAACAUAUAAGUGGUGACAGUUUCAGUCAAGUAGAAUCUGCCUUGAAAGUGAUGGCCUUAGCUUUGAGGUCGUUUGCUUAGUUUUUUGUAAAUUUUCUCAUUAUUUUGACCAUGCGCAAAGCACAAUGAAAUACAUGUGCAAAAAAGCAUAAUUUUUAUGUAACAAAAUACAUUUGAAAAAAAAAAAAACACUCUACUACUGGCCUUGCUGGCGGUUUUGUUUGGCCUGAGGGGGAAAAGGCUGCUAAAACGAGCGAAAGCUACGACGAGAAUACGUCGGCUUCGCCGCUCGUUCGAGCGCGCAAAUUCGCAGCUUUUUCCUCUCUUUUUUUUCCCUUUCACCAAACAAACCGCCAGCUACGCAGGCUAGGCUUCCCUGUGCGUGCGUACAAAUGGCCCUCGCUUGCACUGCGCUGUUUUUGUUAUUUUUGUCGGAUUACCAUGAUUUCUUUGUAACUAUGGGGCUCUACACUGUCCUCCCAUGAGCUGACGUUUUGUGUGGACAUUGUAAUGGUAACGUUAAUUUGCUCUAUUUCUCAGAGAAUGACACGCGAUGGAGUGAAGCCAAACGAACGAAUGAUGGAAACUCUUGAACGAGCUUACAUGCUGCCCUGUAGGAGACCUAUCCUAAAGGUACGUAAGCGUACUCAGUUGUUGUUGUUGGUUUUUUUUCUUUUUUCACUUAAUUCGUUCUUCUCUUCUUUAACGGGGUUUUACAGUGCAAUUAAAACUACCUUGGCGACCACCCAAGUCCCUUCCCAGUAAGCUGCCCCAGGAGCACCGAGGAUGAUCGAAUCUACCCUGCCGCCACUUAACUUGCCAUUUCUUCCGUUGUAUUCCAGGGAGAUACAAAUCGCCGUCUUGCGAAGGAGAAAAGAUUUCAUCAUGUUGAACAAAAAGGUUUCCAAACAUUCUUUGAAAACUGGAAGGAGAAAAUCAUGAAAACAGAAGCUACAUCGAAAGAGAAGCGGCAUCUUUUCGACUGUGAAAAACAUGCUGAACUUGACGAUGACGCCAGUGAUGACGAAGACUCCAAAUUUAGUCACCUUUAACUAAGGAAGAUGAUUCGAAGUCUGAAACAUUAAAUUUUAACGUCAUGGUUAACUAUUUGGCUGGUAAUAAA